AUGGCCGACUUCCAGAGCAUUGCCCAGCAAUUCGUCACCUUCUACUACCAGACGUUCGACUCGAACCGUCAGGGCCUCGCUGGUCUCUACCGCGACCAAUCCAUGCUCACCUUUGAGACGAGCUCCGUCCAGGGUGUUGCCGGCAUCAUCGAGAAGCUGGUGUCUCUUCCCUUCCAGAAGGUCGCGCAUCAGGUCGGCACUCUUGAUGCUCAGCCCUCCAACACUGAGGGUGGAAUCCUUGUCAUGGUUACCGGUGCUCUCCUUGUUGACGAGGAGCAGAAGCCCAUGAACUACACUCAGUCCUUCCAGCUGCUCCCUGACGGCCAGGGCAGCUACUUCGUGUUCAACGACAUCUUCCGUCUUGUCUACGGUUAA